UCUCGUUCUCAGGCUCCUCUGACUCACGUCCACCUGCACCAACAUGAGUCCAAGAAAUGUUGUUUUCAAGAAGAUCUGCAAAGACAAGUCGGUCGGAGUGUACAUGGGCAAGAGAGACUUUGUGGACCGUGUGGACUCAGUGGAUCCAGUGGAUGGCGUCAUCCUCACAGAUCCCGAGGCCCUGCAGGGGAGGAAAGUGUUCGUCACCCUGUCUUGCACCUUUCGCUACGGCAGAGAUGACAUGGAUGUGAUGGGAAUCGCCUUCCGCAGGGAGCUGUACCUGUCGACCCGCCAGGUGUACCCGCCCCUGCAGGACCGCGAGAAAGGAAUCCACACCAAGUCUCAGGCCCGACUGCUGCGCAAGCUGGGAGACAACGCCUACCCGUUCUUCUUCGAGUUUCCUGACAACCUGCCUUGCUCAGUGGCCAUGCAGCCGACGCCACAUGACGUCGGCAAGCAAUGUGCCGUGGAGUUUGAGAUCAAGGCGUUCAGCGCAGAGAGCCAGGACGCUAAAGUUCGCAAGCGGAGCUCAGUGAAGCUGAUGCUCAGGAAGGUCCAGUUUGCCCCAGAGAGCGAAGGAGUGGCGCCCUCUGUUGAAACCACCAGGGACUUUGUGAUGUCUGACAAACCGCUGCACGUCAAGGCCAGUCUGGACAAAGAGAUGUACUACCACGGUGAAUCCAUCAAGGUGCACGUCAGCGUUACAAACAACUCCAGCAAAAACAUCAAGAACAUCAUCGUCUCUGUGGAUCAGGUCUCCACUGUGGUCCUGUACUCCAAUGACACCUACGUCAAAUCUGUGGCCAUCGAGGAGUUUGGGGACUCGGUGUCUGCUGGGGCGAGCCUGGAGAAGACCUACACGCUGCUGCCCCUGCUGGCCAACAACAGGGAGCGGAGGGGCAUCGCUCUGGACGGUAAACUGAAGCACGAAGACACCAACCUGGCAUCGUCGAGCAUUGUCAAGGAGGGCGUGUUGAAGGAGGUUCUGGGAAUCAUGGUUUCAUACAGAGUCAUGGUGAAGCUCAUCGUCGGAGGGAUGAUGGGAUCAAG